GUUAACGGCACACUGUAAGCCCAACAUCAACAUCCCUGGCGUCUCGUUAAUAACUUUUUUUAUAUAGCCAUAUAGCACCGAUUUUCCAUGUCCGAUUUCUAGGCGACAAACGGAUGUGGAUUGGCCAACAUGGAGGACCUGUGCAAGCCGCCGUUAGCCGUAUCCAUCGAGGAGCCCUUGCCAAACGCAAAUGGCAAGGGUGGAGUGCACUUGAAGACCACUCUGCCCGAGGAGGAGCUCCUCGGCUCGGUGACCACGCACAAUUGCCCGGGAACGCGGGCCAGUGCCCGGGUCAUCCAGAAGAUGAAGCAGGAUCAGACUCGACCGAUGACACCGCCCCCCAGCGAGCGGGAGGUGAGCAAAAAGGAAGAGAAGGCCGCCCAGAAGACGCCCAGCCAGUUAAAACCGGGCAGUGGAAAGACCACCUGGACGAAUGUGGAGCGCAAUUGCUUCUUCGACGCCCUCAAUGAGUUUGGCAAGGACUUCGAGGCAGUGGCCAACUGCAUCAAUGCCAAGCUGAAGCGGCGCAACGCCAGCAGCGAUUAUAGCUUCAAGACCAAGGAUCAGGUGCGACAGCACUACUACCAGACCUAUCACAAGAUCUGCAAGUACGUGCGCUACUCGGAAGAACUGAAAAAGCCCGCCCAGGAGUUGUACACUCUAAUUAACUACGGCGAGAUGCGGCGCAAGCUGCAGUUUCUCACGGAGAAGCACUUUAUGAAGCUGAAGCAACUGGUUUACCAGGGUCAGAUUACUGUGCGCUGCAAAGGCAAGAACAUCCGCAUCAAGACGCCAUCGUGCAAGGCGCUACGACGACUCAAUCAACUGGAUGAUUCCCUUGAGGACAUCCGUCUGCCCAGCAAGGUGGAGGUGCUGGUGACGCCCGCCAACAUGGAGGCCUUCGGCCGGGUGCAAUCCCUGGCCCAGAACCCGCGCGGCAGAAUCAUAGUUCCGCUGCACAAGAAGCUAAUCAGUCUCAUCAAGACGUUCGAGUACAAAUGGCGGAGUGCCAAUCAGCGUCUGCACGAAGAGAAGUCCGUCUUCUUUUCCACCAGCAUAGCAUCCAAUGCUUCCACCAUUACAACCACCACCAACAACAAUGAACCAGAGCCACUGCAGCCGGCUCCGUCAUCGCUGGAUCCCUCACUGUGCUUCCAACCCAGGCCGGGAGUGGCCAUCCACCGACCUUUGCUUAGCAUCACCGCCUAUUUAAGCAGCAUUAAUAUCUGCCUGACCGCCUACGAGGAGCGCAUGGGCUUCAAAGUGCGCAGCGAGACGUUGGGCAACCUGCCUGGCAUUCCAGUGGCGGCUAGCAAGAGACCCCGAACGGAAAGCGGAUCGGACAAGCGUUCGCCGGAGUCCAAGAAACUAAAAUCGGGUGCUAGUCCGCCACUGGAAAAAAGUUUGGAUGAUGUGCCUCUGGAGGGGAAUCUAGUUAAGAUGGAGAAUAGCAGCGGAGAUGAGCUGGGGGAGGAGAUUCAGGACUUCCUUGUUGACAUAGUGGAGGCCACGGUUCAAACGCAGGGAGCCACGAUUCCAGCUCUUCCCACCACACCUGAUGAACAGCAACCAGCCCUUGCUGUUGUGCCGGAAAGUGCCACUGAUCCAGCUCCUCCAGCCACCACCGAGCAAUCUACUUCCUUGGGAACCUCGUCUCUUUUGGCUCCUUCUGCUGCCGCUCCUUCAGCCACUCUGGCACCUUCUACACCUGCACCUGGUCCUUUAGUGGCUCCUACGGCAGCUCGCUCCAAACGCAAGGAAGCCAAAGAGGCGGCAACGGCCCGAAAUUUUAAGCCCCUGCUCAGCGACGAGAUCCUCAAGCGAAUCCGCAAGGGAUGGACGGAGGCGAAUGCGGCGGAUAUAACCAUAGGCGAUCUGUAUGUGGUUUUUGGCCAGGAUUCCAAGCUGGAGCUGGAGUAUUACUGGUGUGAGACGGAGAGCUCGAUGGCCAUGGCACCCAGCACUUCAUGCAGCAACUCAGUGGCAGCCGGCUCCUCGUCUGUGGCCACUCAAACAGGCACCUCCACCUCCACCGCCAGCCAAACAAUCGUAUCUUCCAACUCCUCCGUCGUCACCUCGAGCACUUCGCUGCCCUACAAUCCCAACGACUGUGAUAGCGUGGAACGCGUCAAGGCCGUCACCACAUCGUCGGUGAGCAACAAGCUGAAGCACCUGCUGCUGGUGGCCAAUCUCAGCGAGCGUGUACGCAAGCGCCAGUGCACCUGCGGCCACACCUGCGACCGCAAGCGUGAUCUGAUGAGCAAGGCGCAGCAGCUGGCGGAGGCGGCGGCCGCCGGCGGAGCAGGCGUGGUGGAGGGCAACUUCCGCACCCCGAUGCUGCCGGUGAGGCGACCGAUACCCAACAUCAUCGAUCCUGUGCGCCAGCUUUCAGCGCUCACUCGACAAAAGAUGAGUCGCCAGGUGCUAGUGCAGCGUCGUCUCCUGCCCCCCGCCUCCGUUGGCGGUCGUCCGUACGAUCUGCUGAGUGUCCGCCAACUCCACAGUGGCCUCUUCGAACCAAUCGAUCGCCUCGGCAGCACCAGUUCCAGUGGCAUCAGCUCCGGAUCUGAUUCCAGCGUAAGUGAGGCGAUGCCUUCACAGUAUCAGCAGCAGAUGGACCAGCAGACGAUGCAGUUCUUCGACGAGGGAACCGCCCAGGGAGCCGCGCGAGAUAUGCCCAAUCUGGACAUCUGUGUGGCCACUAGCACCACCGGCGUCAGCAGUGUCCUGGCCGAGGCGGUCCAGGAUGAGAGCACAACACAAAAUUUCUUCCAUGGCAGCGUAAGCCCGAUGCACUUGCUCAAGGACUCGACUUCCAAUGCGCGCUGGCUGGAGGACAAUAUCAAUGAUUUCUCGCUGACAUCGCUGCUGGGGCAUCUGGACGAGAUUGAUGCCACCAGGGAUAUACUGGAUCCCUCGUCGAGCAUGUCGGUGAUCAGCGAGAGCAGCGUGGACUUCCGGCACAAGUUCCAGGAGAUCGCCGCCCUGCUGCAGCAGCAAGAGAAGGAUUAGCAGUGGCAACUGCGGGAACCCGGGCGUGUCUCCUUCGUUUAUUUAUGCAGAUCCGGACCCUGAAAAGACCGGAGACAGGAUAGGAAUAACGAUGAGGGAACCCAUGUGUGCCUCCAAGUCUCAUAUCCCAUUUUUUUUUUAACUUACUGAUAUUAUUCAUCCCACAUGUUAUAUGGAACAAACAUCUGUUUUACGCGACUCUUUGUGAUCUAUUCUCAUUUUAUGUCUGCCAAGUAUUAGCAAGCACUCACAUUGUCUAAACAUAUAUAUUUAUUUAUAAAUUAACUUUUUGUAUCACGCGAUAAACGCGAAAACUCCCAUAUUUUAAUUCUCAGCCUUUAUGUUUGUCCAUUCGCUCGCACACUCGUUCCGCACUCCUCUAAUUGGUUUCUAAGUAUGUAAGAUCGGUUCAGAAUAGUUAUUAAGCAUACAACACCAAUUUUAAUCGGAACUUCCAAUUCGCCGCACGAUAAAGUAUAAACCCUUAAAACAAAAUUCCCGAAAAAAGACUCGAAAGUUUUACAAGUCUGGAAAUGUUUUUCCUUCCAUGCCCCCGCCCCUUGUUAACCAUAUAUAUCUCUAUAUAUACACAACACAUAAUUUAGGUGAGAACAAAGGAACAACAUUUAAUCCUAGAGCGUAUUUUGUAACAGUAACUCUUAGAACUUGUUAUUAUACAAAGGCAAAUACCGAAAAUAAAAGCAAACUAAACUAAAAAGUUAACUACUUAUGACUAUCUGUAAAGAAUUGGGUUUUGGAUAGACAAGAAAUAAUAAAAAAAAAAUAUAUUUAUUUAUUAAAGAAACUUAUGCCUUGUGUCGACCACGCAUAACGAAGAUCAUUGAAAGUGAAGAACAAACAUUUAACAUCGGGUUGUUUUUACAAAUCCUCCGUUUUUUUAUGAACACGACUUGUUCUUGGUAAUUAAAACUAGAUAACCAUUAAGUAUAU